AAGGAAGAGGAGCCGGAGUGGCGGCCUCUCUCCAGAGCUCAGUGUCCCAAGUUCAUUGUUAAGGGACUGAGAACUUAAUCUUCCAAAAUGUCAAAAAGACCAUCUUAUGCCCUACCUCCCACCCCAGCUCCUUCAACACAAAUGCCCAGCACACCAGGGUUUGUGGGAUACAAUCCAUACAGUCAUCUGGCCUACAACAACUACAGGCUGGGAGGGAACCCGGGCACCAACAGCCGGGUCACGGCUUCCUCUGGCAUUACAAUUCCCAAACCCCCAAAGCCCCCAGAUAAGCCUCUGAUGCCUUAUAUGAGAUACAGCAGAAAGGUUUGGGACCAAGUAAAGGCUUCCAACCCUGACUUAAAGUUAUGGGAGAUUGGCAAAAUUAUUGGUGGGAUGUGGCGAGACCUUACUGAUGAAGAGAAACAAGAAUAUUUGAAUGAAUACGAAGCAGAAAAGAUAGAGUAUAAUGAAUCUAUGAAGGCCUAUCAUAAUUCACCUGCAUACCUUGCUCACAUCAAUGCAAAAAGUCGAACUGAAGCUGCAUUAGAGGAGGAAAGUCGACAGAGGCAGUCCCGAAUGGAGAAAGGAGAAGCUUAUAUGAGCAUCCAACCCGCAGAGGAUCCAGAUGACUAUGAUGAUAGUUUUCCAAUGAAGCACACAGCCACUGCCCGGUUCCAGAGAAACCACCGUCUAAUCAGUGAGAUAUUAAGUGAAAGUGUGGUGCCAGAUGUUCGUUCAGUCAUUACCACAGCAAGGAUGCAGGUUCUCAAACGACAGGUUCAGUCCUUAAUGGUCCAUCAGAGAAAAUUAGAAGCUGAACUCUUACAAAUAGAAGAACGUCACCAGGAAAAGAAGAGGAAGUUCUUAGAAAGCACAGAUUCAUUUAACAACGAGCUCAAGAGGUUGUGUAGCUUAAAAGUGGAGGUGGACAUGGAAAAAAUAGCAGCUGAAAUUGCCCAGGCAGAGGAACAAGCCCAAAAAUGGCAGGAGAAACGGGAGAAAGAAGCAAUGGAGCAGGCAGAGCGCAGUCAAAGUGGUGUCAGUGCUGCUGCCGCUGCUGCUACCACUGGUACCACUGAGGAUGACCAGACAGUCAGCAAAGAUGAUGAGAAGAAGGAAGAGGAAAGCACUCCAAUGGAGACAGAAGAGACACACCCAGAGGAAACUACAGAAAGUCAACAAAAUGGUGAAGAAGGAACAUCUAUCCCUGAAGAUAAAGAGAAUGGCCAAGAGGGAGUAGAUAGUAUGGCAGAAGGGACCAGUGACAGCAACACUGGGUCAGAAAGCAACAGUGCAACAGUGGAGGAGCCUCCAACAGACCCUACACUAGAGGACAGUGAGAAGAAAGAAUAAAUGUUAAUGAA